CGUUCUCCAACUGUCACAAUGCCCUUGACUUGCACAAAGUAUCUCGACGGGAAGUGCGUUGAAGUGCGGGCGCCUUCAUUCUCGAUUUUGCCGCUUCUCGAAUGGGGGAAGAAGUCACCUCUCUGCACGCGGCGGCGGCGUCGCCGCCCACCAGCGGCGUGUUGUCGCCUCGCAACGAAUUCUUCGUGUCCCAACGCGCCGCCACAGACUUCGAGCUGAGUCGUCUGGACACGCUGUCGCUUGAGGAGCAGGAGAUUCUGGCCAAUAUCCAGGACCUACAACUGCAACUCAUGCAACUCCGCGCCGAUCAGGAGGAGGACAGCGACGAGGACUCGACAGAUAAGCCGCUUGGCGCCUCUGGUAACCAACUCAUUGUCGUGUCCAACAACCUGCCAGUUCUACUAGAACGCCAGCCACAGACCGGGCGCUGGAAAGCCACGAAGACCACAGGCGGACUGGACAAACUCAUGUGCCUUACUGGCGUCCGAGCUGAAAUGAACUUCCUGUGGGUAGGCUGGGUAGGCCAGCAUAUCCCUAAGAGCGAGCAUGAGGCCGUGCGUCGCUUACUACUGCAACACAACUGUCUGCCAGUCUUUUUAUCAUCCGACGUGGCUUCAAGACACACAGGCUUCUCGUCUGAAGUGCUGUGGUCGCUAUUCCAUUACGUAUCCGAGCCAGUUCCUUUCACUUUCAACGCUGGGAGCAGCUCGAGCUUCCAUUCAACAAAAAGAUUCAAUAAACAAGACUGGAGAGCGUAUGAAUCAGCGAAUGAGAGCUUUGCGGACGCUAUAGCGGAGAUCUACAACGAAGGAGACUCUGUGUGGGUACACGACUACCAUCUCAUGUUGUUACCGUCACUAUUACGUCAGCGUAUCCCUCCGUGUCGGAUUGGAUGGUUCUUACACACGCCGUUCCCAGCGUCGGACGUAUACUGUCGUCUACCUGUCCGUUCCCAGUUACUGGCGGGUGUUUUACAAGCAGACCUCGUGGGUUUCCAGACUUUCGACUAUGAACGUCACUUCCUUUCGACGUGUCAUCGACUAUUAGGCGUCGAGUGUUCACACAAGGGCGUCCGAAGCGUGUUACCCGACCGUGACCACUUUACGUCGAUCGGAGUGUUUCCUAUUGGGAUCAGUCUUGAGCCAUUCGCUCGCGCAGCCUCCAGUAUGCCGACACUGAACCGUGUGAACGAACUACACGAUAAAUUCGGAGGCAAACGCAUCAUUCUGGGCAUCGAUCGGCUGGAUAAUAUCAAGGGAAUCCCACACAAAAUGCUGGCGAUGGAAAUGCUGCUGGAUCGUUUCCCGGAGUGGCAACACAAUGUCGUUCUAGUCCAAAUUGGCAUCUCGUCACGUUCAGGAGUGGUUGACAGCAAAUCUACAGGUGCUAACGGAGCUGGUGAGAAUACCCGACGGCCCAGUGCUAGCAGUGCCAGUGGAGACAGCAGUAAUAUCCUUCCUCGAUCCUCUUCGUAUCCAAUUGUGAAACCAAAGAGCUCGACGGGCAGUGACAGUCCUAUUAAGAGUUUAUCCGAGUCUCCACCCAGGGCGCCUAGUCCAAUGGCGGGUGGGAAGGGCAAUAUCGGCUACGACCCGUGUCAUCAACUCGAGAUGAGUUCGGACAGUUAUCACAAUAUCGUAACACAAGUGAAUCAGAUCGUUGGGCGUAUCAACGGCAUCUUUGGGACUCUAGACUACGCGCCGAUCCACUUUAUCCAGCAGCAGGCAACUCCGCAUGAAGAAUUGUGUGCUCUGUACGACUUGGCUGACGUUUGUCUAGUGACUUCGACUCGAGAUGGGAUGAAUCUCGUGUCGCACGAGUUUAUCGUCUGCCAGCAGCAUUUCAUGCGCAGUAAAGAUGAACGGAAGAAAGCUGCUCGCGCUGCUGCACGAGGAUUGAGCAAUAGUGGCAUUGGCACUGAAGGCGCAGCAACUCCAGUUCCGUCCCAUCAAAAAAAUAUUGAGAGUAUAAACACUGCAGAAGGUCUUGCAAAGGGUGGAGUGUUGUCUCCAAUUCCAUCGCCAAGACAAUCGUCCGCGUCUCUGCUGACGGAUUGGGAAGGCGAAGAUGGCGGCCCAGGUGUGUUGGUAGUGAGUGAAUUUGCAGGGUGUUCCCAGUCGCUAAGUGGCGCUAUCGUCGUGAAUCCGUGGAAUAUCGAAGACGUAGCUCUGAGUAUUCACCAAGCUUUAAGUAUGUGUCGAACCGAGCGAGAGAUCCGGCAGCAGAAACUCUAUCGCUAUGUAUCUUCUAACACGGCCACGGCAUGGGGAGAGCAGUUUUUGGAAGAACUGAGUGAAGCAGUCGAGAAGAACCGUAAGUCGUCAACGCAACUGCCGAAACUUGACAAGAAAAGCAUCGUGCAAGCCUAUCGGAGCGCGCAGAACCGCGUCAUCAUAUUGGAUUAUGAUCGAACGUUGACACCGCAGCAUUCUCUGCUCCCUCUCGCCGCUGUAGGCCCGAAUUUCAAGUCCCUUCUCGACGCGCUGAGUGCGGACGAACGUAAUACAGUAUUUAUUGUCAGUGGUCGUGAGCGGAAGUUCCUCGAGACGUGGCUGAAUGGUGUGCGGGUCGGUGUUGCAGCUGAAGACGGCUUUUUCUACCGCAUGAACUUGAGUAAUACGCGCGAGCACUGGAAGACGAUGAGUAAGUUUCAGUAUGACGUCGCUACCGCUCGAUCGGGUGGGAGUACUGCGACAAUGACUGGCAUGGGGAGUGUUAGUGGCAGUCUGGAUGCGUCUUACUCCAGUGAUGCUCACAGUAUGAUGCAUAUGAGCAUGGGUAGCCUUCCAGCGUAUUCCCGUCAUACUUCUGUGCCAGGAUCUACGGAUACUGGAGAUAACACACCAGUCGCUGGUAGUAUUGCGCCGACAGACGAUUCAUUUGGUGGCGAUGAUAUGUCGUGGAAGGACUUGGUGCUGCCUACAAUGCUCAUGUUCACUGAUAGAACUCCAGGCAGUUAUAUCGAAGACAAGGAGAGUUCACUCACAUGGCAUUAUGGCGAUGCUGAUCCGCAUUUUGGCAGUUGGCAGGCGAAGGAUUUACAGAUCAUCCUAGAGCGACAACUUAUCGGUACAGCGCUGGAAGUCUACCAAGGACACAUGUCCGUUAGUGUGGAACACGAAGGCUGUACGAAGACGCGAGUUCUGGAGGGAAUCCUCAAGCACUUGUCUCUUCCUGACCAGAUCGCCAAGAAGAAUGACCAAGAGGUCGAUUUCGUCUUAUGCGUGUGCGACGACGUGACUGACGAUCAAAUGUUCCAGACGUUGAACGCUCUGGUGGCGGAAUCCAAUGAACGUCAUGACGAGAGGAAGCGGAAAGAAGAAGAGCAAGCGGAGAACGAACGGAUUCGUAGGGAUUCCAUCGCCUUGAGCAACCCUGAGCCUCCGCAGCUUCAUGCUCAGCCUGUUCCGUCCGCUGCUCACGUCUCCAAGGCGAAACCUCGCAUGCCACGACCACGAGGUGGUAAUGACGCGACGGACGAAUUGGAGCCGACAAUUAAACUCAAGGGAGGGGCGAGAAAGCGGCAUGAAAAUGAACAGUUGAUAGGGGCAGCAGCCGCAGCUGUGCGAGGACACGACGAGUACUCCACAGACGACGAUGACGAGUUGGACGCUGGCAACUACAUGGAUGACGACAAUAAGGUGGCCUUUAGUCGCUUGCAAAAGGUUCCGGUGCGUUUGGCCGAAAAUGUCGAGAUUUUUGCUGUCAUCGUGGGCCCCGAUGUCCAACACAGUGGAGGUCGCCACGCGUGCUCGUUUGCAGUGGACACGUUGGCAGAUGUGCGUAAGGUUCUUAAAGCUUUCGUGGAUGAGAGUCGCAAGGGAAGAAAUGCAGCCGAUGCGAGCCCCGGAGAUGCCAAUGCAACUUCACCGCCUCCGUAGGGUCAAAGCAGUAAAUCGACUGAAGCCAUGGGCACAACAAACGUAAUUGACUUUUAUGAAUGGAGCAUUGCCGAUUUUUAAGUGGAGGUGCGUUGUUUUAGAGCAGAUCGUAGAAAAAGUCGAGGCCUGCCAACCACAUACAGACACGUCAAUUGCUGGUGUGGUUUAACACAAGGGGGAUGACACGUACCUUGUCCGAGUUCCCAGAUCGCAACGCCAACGUGUUUCUCCUGGAACAACUUCAAGCGAUCCUGCAGGAACUGCAAGCACGGGAAGAAAACUACGUGAUGGCUGUGCGUGUCUGCUGUCGUGUACGUGUGUUGGCAUUCCUACGCGCAAACCGCACAACGUUAGCUUCCGUAUAGAAGGACGGAGUUCUUGUUAUGCCUCGUACAUGUGCCGUUGCGUCCCAGCGAAUUUUGGAGACAUCGUUAUCCUUUAGCGACUGGAUGUACGUGCUUCCAGUUAUGGCAUCUGCAUGAUACAGAUCGGUUAGGACAGCAUACAACGAUCCAUUGUCAUUGCUACUUACCGCUGUUGUCAUAUCCGUAGAAUGGGAUCCCCAUCAGAACCUUUUGUCUCUCCAUCGGUGACAUCUUCUCCAGCGUCUUCUUCAGCCACGGAUACGGCGCAUUCGGCCCUGGCGCACUGAAGUCGUACGCAUUCAUAGAGAACCGAUGCACCAGCGGCGCCAACUCGUUAAAUAUUUCGUGCGUCACAGGCAAUUCUCCCUAAUACCGCCCAAAUAUCUAGUUAGAACAACGUAAGAGCAGCAUAUAAACUCAUUGUCACUCACCUCCUGCGAGCUUCUGGACAGCACCAAGAUCAGCAGCUUGUCCGCAGCUCGGAAGGCGCGACCUAUUUGCUGCAGC